UUGGCCCAUAUUAUUAUGCACUUUUUAUUUUAUUCACUUAACCACUUAUUACUUUUGGUUUUUUCUUUUUUUAUUAUAGAAUCACAAUGGACCCCUUCGCCCCCGAGGCCUCAGAGCCCAUCUCAAUCGCAGACAAGCUUCGACCCACUCACAUCACCACCAGCUACCGGUUCAUCAGUGAAUCCCACCGCCGUGACCAGUCCGAGCGCUCAAAAUGUGCCCGUUGGAGGCGCAACUGUGGGUGGCGCUGGCGCGGCAGGUCACGCUACACAAGCGGCCGCAGUCGCCUCGCCUUUGGGAGCGGCAGCGGCCACUUCGCCCACCACGCAACCUGAACUGCCAGUAUUUACGUGCCCGCGUCGGCCGAAUUUGGGACGGGAAGGUAGACCGAUUGUUUUGCGCGCCAACCAUUUUCAGGUGUCUAUGCCACGCGGCUAUGUGCAUCAUUACGAUAUUAACAUUCAGCCGGACAAGUGUCCGCGAAAAGUAAAUCGGGAAAUCAUCGAGACCAUGGUGCAUGCAUACAGCAAGAUAUUCGGUGUUUUGAAGCCAGUAUUUGACGGCCGCAAUAAUCUGUAUACACGUGACCCGCUUCCCAUAGGCAACGAUCGUCUGGAAUUGGAGGUGACGCUUCCAGGGGAAGGAAAGGAUCGCAUAUUCCGUGUAACGAUUAAAUGGAUGGCUCAAGUAUCACUUUUCAAUUUAGAGGAGGCAUUAGAGGGACGUACACGCCAGAUACCGUACGAUGCAAUACUUGCAUUAGAUGUAGUUAUGCGACACUUACCUAGCAUGACGUACACACCCGUUGGUCGCAGUUUCUUCAGCUCUCCCGAUGGUUAUUACCAUCCCUUGGGUGGAGGUCGUGAGGUAUGGUUUGGUUUCCACCAGAGUGUGCGUCCUUCGCAAUGGAAAAUGAUGCUAAACAUUGAUGUUUCGGCCACGGCUUUUUACAAAGCACAGCCAGUUAUUGAUUUUAUGUGUGAAGUGCUCGAUAUACGAGAUAUCAACGAGCAAAGAAAGCCGCUCACCGAUUCACAACGUGUCAAAUUUACUAAGGAAAUCAAAGGUUUGAAGAUUGAAAUCACCCAUUGUGGAGCCAUGCGUCGCAAAUACCGUGUAUGCAAUGUUACACGUAGACCAGCACAAAUGCAAUCAUUUCCGCUUCAACUCGAAAAUGGUCAAACGGUUGAGUGUACUGUGGCCAAGUAUUUCUUGGAUAAAUACCGAAUGAAGUUGCGUUACCCCCAUUUGCCAUGUCUUCAAGUAGGACAAGAGCAUAAGCACACUUACUUGCCUUUGGAAGUAUGUAAUAUCGUCGCCGGUCAACGUUGUAUAAAAAAAUUGACGGAUAUGCAGACAUCGACGAUGAUCAAAGCAACGGCUCGUUCGGCGCCUGAUCGUGAGCGUGAAAUCAAUAAUUUGGUUAAACGCGCUGAUUUCAACAACGACUCAUACGUUCAAGAAUUCGGUUUGACCAUUUCCAACUCUAUGAUGGAAGUACGAGGGCGUGUGCUACCACCCCCUAAACUACAAUAUGGUGGAAGAGUUUCAAGUAUGACUGGCCAACAACUUUUCCCACCCCAAAAUAAGGUGAGUUUGGCUUCCCCAAAUCAAGGUGUCUGGGAUAUGCGUGGUAAGCAAUUCUUUACUGGAGUGGAAAUUCGGGUAUGGGCAAUCGCUUGUUUUGCACCCCAAAGAACUGUGCGCGAAGAUGCUUUGAGGAAUUUUACACAGCAGCUGCAGAAGAUUUCAAACGAUGCCGGUAUGCCCAUUAUUGGACAACCAUGCUUUUGCAAAUAUGCGACUGGUCCAGAUCAGGUCGAGCCUAUGUUUAGAUACUUGAAGAAUUCAUUCAAUGCCCUUCAAUUGGUCGUCGUUGUGCUACCUGGAAAAACACCUGUUUAUGCUGAAGUAAAGCGUGUUGGUGACACCGUGUUGGGUAUGGCCACACAAUGCGUACAGGCAAAAAAUGUUAAUAAGACAUCCCCACAAACCUUGUCAAAUCUGUGUUUGAAAAUUAACGUGAAGUUAGGUGGCAUUAAUUCCAUAUUGGUACCUUCAAUCCGUCCGAAGGUCUUCAACGAACCCGUUAUUUUCCUAGGAGCAGACGUCACUCAUCCCCCAGCCGGUGAUAAUAAAAAACCUUCGAUUGCAGCAGUUGUUGGAUCCAUGGAUGCUCACCCAUCACGCUAUGCGGCCACUGUUCGUGUGCAACAGCACCGUCAAGAAAUUAUACAGGAGCUAAGUAGCAUGGUCCGUGAAUUAUUGAUUAUGUUCUACAAAUCUACUGGUGGAUACAAGCCUCAUCGUAUCAUUUUAUAUCGUGACGGAGUCUCAGAAGGCCAGUUCCCGCACGUGUUGCAACAUGAGCUCACGGCUAUACGUGAGGCAUGCAUAAAACUGGAGGCAGAAUACCGACCAGGUAUAACAUUCAUUGUUGUACAAAAAAGGCAUCAUACUCGUCUAUUCUGUGCUGAGAAAAAAGAACAGAGCGGAAAAUCUGGCAACAUACCAGCUGGCACCACAGUCGAUGUUGGUAUUACUCAUCCAACCGAGUUUGACUUUUACCUUUGCAGUCAUCAAGGAAUACAAGGUACAAGCCGGCCUUCCCAUUACCACGUUUUAUGGGAUGACAAUCACUUUGAUUCUGAUGAGCUCCAAUGUUUAACAUAUCAACUGUGUCACACCUAUGUGAGAUGUACUCGGUCCGUUUCAAUACCAGCACCAGCUUACUACGCUCAUCUAGUAGCAUUCAGAGCCAGAUAUCAUUUAGUUGAAAAGGAACACGACUCGGGCGAAGGAUCUCAUCAAAGUGGUUGUUCAGAAGAUCGGACACCUGGUGCGAUGGCGCGCGCAAUAACGGUUCACGCCGACACAAAGAAGGUCAUGUACUUUGCUUAAAUGCACUUUGAGAACUUUAAUAUAAGUAUUUCCAUGGAUAUGCAAUUUUAGAUAAAUAUUCUAGUAAAAAUUUGUUGGAUUUAGUUUUUGGUUUGCAUUUCCAUUUUCUACUUUUGUUAGUUAUGGUUAGGUCAGUGCAGAUUUUUAAAGAACUGUGAUUUGUUUUUACAUUCAUUCAAUAGGUAGUUAUUAGCAGUAUAAAUCAGAAUAGCACAUGAACAAGAUGUACAUAUAUACAUCAUUAUUCAAAAAAUAAAGGCUACAAAAUCAAAAACAAUUAAUAGCAAAAUAAUAACUAAAUAAAAUCCAAUCAACAUUUUACUAGUUUAUGUAUCUAACGUUGUAUGUUAGUAAAAUCAGUGUAAAUCUUUAACCUAAGCUUUUUUACAAAGAAUUCAAGCCAUGUCUAAACUAAAAAGUUACAAUUUACAUUGUAAUAUGUUUUAGGUAUUUGAGCCUCUUCCAUAUGUAUUCGUUAUAUUUUGAAAUUUACUGUGAAAUAAUUCCUGUACUUUAUUUUUAAAAACAUGAAGAACAAUUUUAAUGUAGACAAAUUAAGUGGAAAAGAUUUACGUAGUAUUUAUGCGAAAUAUAUAAUAAUAAUAAUUAAUGUGCGCAUUUCAUUUUGCGACCCAUAAUUAUCACAAUUUACUACGUUUAGCACAAAUACGAACCGCACUCCUCCAAGCAAAAAAAAUAGAAUUUCGUAUUGUGUUGUAACGUUUUACAACUAGCUCCCAAUACAUAAAUAUGUAUGUACAUAAAUUGAGUAUUGUAUUGUCGUACUUGUUAAUUUAUUUCAACGUACAACUCCCUUAUAAAUACAUUCGCAUGCGUGUAAUUACACGUUUGUUUGAGAAUUUUAAUUAAACAAUAGAAAUGAAAAAAAAAAAAAUUAUGCACCUUAGAU